UAGUGCCUCCCCUGAACUGCACCGGUGUCGUAAGCGUCGCGAGGAGACUAUGGAAGAGGUGGAGGAAGAUAUCGAAGGAGACGAUUGUUAGAACUGUUUCCCCGCGAUUACGUGCGCGGGUGAUGGUGAAAGUGCUGACCGGUGGAGGGGCAAGAUCAUCAGGGCUGUAUGCGAAAAUGAAUUACCCAAAGACGUGGUGCUAACGAGGACUUUCUUUUACCUCCCCACGAGAAACUUGUCGGUAACCUCUCGGGUGAGUGGCGUGUGUAUUCCCCUCCCCCGGCGGUGCCACGAGGGGCUUCGAUCCGACACCGAAGGAGAAGACCACUGCUUCUGUGACUGUCAACGGCGCGCAAGAAUUGACCAUUGGCCCUCUCUGGCACGCCCAUCACGACCAGCCUCACCACCAGCAUGCCCCCUGUGCAGCAUCACCACCAUGCCGCCGCCAGCUGAUCCCCGCAGCGACUGGUGCCACUACCUCGCCCCCAGGGAGGCUCUUACUUCCCCGCUCCGCUAGCGUCGUUUCCCAUGACACGUCCCCUGUCAGUGACAAGAAGACAGACAGAAGGUUCGGCGUUGAGCACUGCGAGCGUCGCCUGAACCAGCAAAGCUCCUUGACGCUGACGACAGCUGUUCCUAGUUGUCGUCACAGACUUAGCAGCGCCACGCCUCCUCUCCACGAGUUAAGCGUCACUUUAGCGUAACAUGUGUGCACGGACUACAGUGUGUCUUGAGUUGUAAAGCCCCUCGGCGAACAAAGUCGAACGACGUGGUUGUGAAAGUGAACUCAGUGAUAGUGACGAGCGGUAGGGCGGAGGGGGCCGCCCAUGCUUUCCGGCUGCCGGGCGGCUCUCUAUGUUGAGUGUAGGUGGUGGGUGGCGGUGGUGCUGGCGUGGUGCGGCGGGUGAGGGUGGCUGGUGCGGGUCCUCGGCCCCCUCCGUCGCAGCCAUGAUCCACUACACCCUCGAGCCUCAGUUCAACGCCCUUAUCUUCUCCGUGUCGGCACGUCACGAGCGCUUCACCCUUCUCCCAGAUCCAUUUGUGUGUUGCGCCCAUGGCCCACCCGCCGGCGCCACCGACCUCCUGGCGUACCUACACGCGGUGGGGGUCCAGCUUGCCACACUCGGAGACCACUACGCAUGUCUCCUCACCCAAGUACGGGCGGGCAGUGUCAUUUUUUUAGUGGGCGUGGGAUCGCUGGUGUGCUGGAAGCUGUGGGAACACUGGCGAAGCGGUGCCGGCACCCCAAGUGUAGCGCCUCCCACGCCCCCAACCUCGCCCGCGCAACGACGACCCAGAGGCCUCCUUGCUUCCUUAUUGGAGGAAGACCUCGUGCAGGAUUCUGACGAAAUCGACGAUGAGGACCCCGCUUUUAUCCAUCUGCUGCUUGACCUGUCGCGGGAAUACGUGCGGCGAGUGGUGCUGGGGAAGUAUUUUGGGCCGGACAGUCCGUGUGCAGAGGCUCCACUGGAAGACUGCUCCCCAAUCACACCCAUCACAGACUUCAGUGAGGCGAGCACCAGUGAGGCACGCUGCCAACAUUACCUUGCUGAUGCCAGUGCCUCCCUGUCUGCUAAUGAUGGGGCACAGUCUUCAAGUGAGAACAGCCUUCCCACUGAUGGCGAAUCUGAUGCCGAACUGUUUCCUGGCACCAAGAGAUUGGUCAAGAGAAAGCAUCGUGCCUCGGAGCUGCAGAGGAAUCAGGCCAAUCACAGACAGUGCUCGCCCAAACCUCGUUCUCGCCAUAACUCUGUAAACAAUCGCAGGCACAAGGGUGAGGCCAGGGUACCAAAUGAAGGCCAAGGAUCAGCAAUGACUCAUAACCAGCAGACAAUGUGGCUCUCCUCAGAGUCUUCACCAGAAUAUGUAAGGAGUGCAGUUAGGAGCCAUGGGCUGGCUUCUCAUCAAACUUAUGAUCUUGAGACACCUGACUCAGAGGAAGUGAUUGACAGAAUAAGGCGGGACCUGCGAGGCUCUCAGCACGGAAGAGUGGGAGACUAUAAUGGCCCCUGGCAUGCUGAUGGAAGUUGCCUGUGUUGCAGGGAGCAGCCAGAUGGAGAAGAGGUCCUUCCUUGUGGAAACAUCUCCAGUACAUCACUCAGUGACCUCAUGGACAAAAUCCGGCACCGUGCUGCCCGAGGCUCCAUAUCCAGGGAUGCAUCUAUUACUUCCAAUCUCUCUGAAAUGGUUUCCAUGCCACACGGGUCAAGGCGGCUCUUCAAAAGAGAGGACUCUGUGUGUUCAAAUUUGUCUGGCGUUUCAGACUUGGCACCAUCUGAAUGCUCAGAGAUGUCCUUGGAUGUGUCGGUGCAGGAAGAUCUGGCCAGCCUUACCUUUACCUGCUUCAAUAACAUUGAGCAUGAGCUGGAUGACCUUAAGUCAUCUAUGCUAGAGAUGGAUGAAGAAGUGACCAAAUUUGUAGCCAGGCCAGACCCAUACAGCUUUAAGACCACCUUCUCAGAUUACUCUAUGGGUUCAGGAGAGUCCCGACCUAGUUCAGCCAUGGAGAUCCUUUCAGCCCACCGCUCUAGGGCCAAUCUCAGACUGAAUCUUCAGCCAGCCAGACCCAACACAUCAUCAGACUCAGAAGUGGUGGAAGGUGGAACAGCUGAUGCUUCUCUUGGUUCUAACCACCUUGUCUCAGGGUCAGAGGCAGAAGGGUCCCUUGAGUGGGACUCACCCCAGCAUGGAUGGACCAGUGCUAAGGCCCCAGUACUCUCCAAGUUGCAGGAACUGCCAUCAGAGGAUGCUGAGUCAUCCCAUGCUUCCAUGCAGGAUGAUGCCAUGCUUUCCCUAGAGUGGGACAAUGACUGCCUGCACCAGUAUGAAGAUGAGGUACCAUUGCAAGACUCUAGUGAGCAUGUGUUCCAGCCCAGCACACAGGAUAGCUUGACUGAACUUGAAGGGUUUCAGGAAUAUAAGAUUGAGUUUGGAAGGCACCAGCUCCUGCCAGACCACUCCUCCUUGGAGCUUGACUUGGAAGAAGAGCUCAUGUCUACCACUGGAGGGGUGGAAGACAUGGUUGCUUCUCCCUUCUGCAAUGCUCCCAUGACCAUCUCCAUUGACUCAGCCAUCCACUCUGGCACUGGCUCCCGUUCUGCUUCCUCUAGUCCAGUGCCAUCAGGCAUGGGUCACUCCCUUCUAAGCUCCUCGGGUCUGGCCAGCAGCUCAGAGAUCUCCCCUGCCACCCCUGACUCAGAGGGCACGGGCUGGUUAGCCUGGGAGCGGCGCCUCAGUCCUGGUGAGUUUGGCAGCAAGGCACGCCGCUAUUGGAGCUCAGAGGAGAGCGGGUACGUAGAGGGGCUUGAGGCUCCUCUGGACAACAUACACCCUCACCUAUCACCUGUACAUGAGAUCAAGGAAAAAGAAAACUCUGACAGCAACACCUCCACUCCUCGACACAUCAGUAGCUGGGAAAGCCUCAACAACAACACUACUCCCAAUAACAAUACCAACACCAUCAUUAACACCAACGAAAACCAGGCCAAUAAUAAAAACAUCACUCCUGUCAUGGGCAACAAGACCAGCUCACUCAAUGAUAACAGCUGGUCUACUCCCACCACCACCACCACCACCACCACCACCACCAGUCCAGAUCAGUCCACCAAUGGCCUUGGGACCUCCUCUGCUAUAGGGCCCAAGCUAGAAUUAAUGAAGUAUGCCAACAAUGAAUGGCAAGGCAACACCCUCAAGGCCCAGACCAUCAAGCAGGGUUACUCAGCCAUUUCUAUGGAGCUGAACAUCAAGCACCUGCGACAAGUGAGAGGUGACAACUACUGUGGUGUGCGGGCAGCCCUCUAUCAAAUACUAGCAAGAGGACUUGCUGUUCCCAGUGGACACACAACUCAUUCUCGCCUUGCCUCAGAACUUACACAGGGUGCCACCUGGCUCAGGGAUUGGACUUUUGGUCACCGCCUGAACUACAGUAGGGAAGAUGUCCUUAAUGGAUUUUUGGACUGCUUGGAUGCACUAGACAGUUUGAUUCUGAAUUUGAUGGGCUGUGAGAACCGUGAAUGUGUGGUGCUGGCACGGGUCAACAGGGAUCCACUUCUGGAUGUACGUUUGUGUGAAGCUGUGAAGCUACACAUGCUGGCAGCUGCUCUUGAUUUGCAUGCUGCCAACACCUGUGGGGAAAGUGUACCAUUGUUUGCCAUGAUCAUGUUUGCUAGGCACUCUUCAAUGACUCCUCGGGACCUCAUGAAAAACCACUUGAAUCCAGUGGGAGACACAGCUGGCCUUGAGCAGGAUCAGCACAAGGUGGAAAUGUUCCUGCUGGGCCACACACUAGGAGUGACCUUGCAGGUGGUGCGGCCUGCCAGCUAUGGUGAGGAUGACUUCAUCUGUUACUAUCCUGAUUCUAACAUUGGUCUUUGGCCUGAGGUGACCUUGGUGGCUGAAGAUGAUCGUCAUUACAAUGUUCUCAUUAAGUAAGAGAUUCAGAAAGGAAUGUGUUGCAGCCUUGAACCAUAUACAACUGAGUCAAGGAGUUACUCUGCACUAUAGCACAACCAGCCUAGUGAUCCACAGCUAGGUUCAAUGUGUGAACCAGUAACUCAAUACUCAAGUAGAAAACAUCUCCCAUAUGAAUGUAUAACAAGAAACUAAAUGGGUUUCUUUGAAUGAAAAUAUCUGUGUCAGCUAAUACUCUUUCUUGCCUAAUCAUUAGUGGUAAAUGACUUGGAGUUUGAAGAAUAUAUAUAUAUAUAUAUAUAUAUAUAUAUAUAUAUAUAUAUAUAUAUAUAUAUAUAUAUAUAUAUAUAUAUAUUAUGAUAAGUUAGCAUUAGCACUAAGAGUGUGUUGACAUUGGUGCUGGAAGCCUGAGUGAGAGGCUGCUGUAGGUGAAAGAGGAGGGCGCACAUGGGUGUGAUUCAUGGUUGCUUGUAGAAAUACCUGUAUAUAGUGUUUUGUUAGUAUAACAGGUGGUUUCAGAGUGUGUGUACAUAAGUAUAUACUGAGUGUAAAUACUUUGUGAUUUUUAUUUUGUGUUAUAUUGUCUGAACUAUGUGGCAGGAGUAGAUCAACUGAUCAUGAUCAAAAAAAGGUGGCUUGUACCUCAGGGCACAAGUUCUCUGUGUUAAAAGAUGUAAUUUAUGUGGUAGGAUGAACAUUUUACAUUUCUCACCUGCUUGUUUUACUAAAGGAUACCAACAAUAAUGACAACACAGCCCAUGGCAAUGUACUGGGCGAGCAGAACCGUAGAUUUUUGAUGAAGAGUUUCUUUAUCACUCAUUAUGCACUUUGGCAGAAUCACUUGUCUUGUCGACAAUUCACAAUUCUGGGAAUAUGAUAAUUGUUUUUUUUUGCUGGUGUCAAUAUGUAAAGACAGCUUGUUACAACAAGUACAGCCUCAAUUUGUUGUUAAUGGCUAGUGAAGCAUAGACAAAGCAAUGCAAGGCAAGAUAUUAUAUUAGUUAUGACGUUAUAAUGAGUACAGUCCCAUUUUGCUAUUAUUGGUCAUGGCAAGGCAAGGCAAACUAUCAUAACAAUUAUAAUAUAUGCAGCCCCAGUGUGUUGUUACUAGUCAGCAAGAUGACACAGGCAAGACAAGGCAAGGUAGAUGGAGCAACACUCAUGUUUGGAUAUGGAGGUUCAGCUUUAUGGUCAUUGUCAUCAGCAUUACUACAGUACUUGCGUAGUCUUCCAUGAUGUGUUCUGAUCAUCUUUGUGAUAUUUGUUAAGGAAGAUAUAAUAGAUACCUCAUGAUAACUUGAUAAAUUAAGCACAGUGAAUUCCAGUGACCCACAUAUUGUUAAAUACAGAUGAAGCAUUUCUGUAUAAAGGCAAGGACUAUCUGUGUGCUACUAUAUUGGACUGUCUUUUAAUUUUGUGAUGGAUGUUUGUUCAUUAAAUUGUUUUUAGAAUAAGAAAAAUGUCCUUUGGUAAAUUAUAAAGAAAAGUCUUAGGAUGCUGAGCUACUGUUCAUGUGAUGAAUGAAUAACUUCAUGGCCAGAACUAUGUGUGGCUUGUUGCACCAACAUGCAUGUGAGUGAUGGUACUGUGGUCCUUAGUGCACCAUCAUGUAUGUGAGUGAUGGGACUGUGGUCCUUAGUGCAUCAACAUGUAAGGGAGUAAUGGGACUGUGGUCCUAAGUGGACCAACAUGCAAGGGAGUGAUGGGACUGGGCCUUACUGCACCAACAUGCUGGGGAGUGAGAAAGUUUGUAUUGCUUAAUGCUGGAUGAUGUUUGUUGCUUAUCAAGUUAAUACUGGAAGAGAUUUUAGUGUAAAAAUAUAAGGCAAGUACAGAAGCAUUAGCAAAUUCCAGCAUAACCAUAUACAGUAAUAACUUGAGAUACGAGUCAUGAUUUGGUCUUUUUUAGAUAUGAGCAAAAUUUUUUUGAGUUACGAGUCAUGCUUUGGGAUGCUGCUGCUAGUCAGCGCAUCAGUCCAGCCUCAGCUGAGCCAGUACGUAUGUGUUUCUGAUGGAUUUCUUGCACUGUGAUUACUCUUUCAUCAUUUCCACACUAUUUACUUUCUUUUCUUUUCUUUAAAGAAAGUGCAGUUUUAGUUUGUUUAAUGUUUACGUGUGAAUGAUGUGUGUAUCUCUUUCUCCCUCCUUUCUCCUCAGCUAUCAACAUCCAUCACCUGCAAAUGUCUGUCUCCAGGGUAAGAAGACUAGAGUUUUUUCUUUUAUAUAUAUAUAUAUAUAUAUAUAUAUAUAUAUAUAUAUAUAUAUAUAUAUAUAUAUAUAUAUAUAUAUAUAUAUAUAUAUAUAUAUAUAUAUAUAUAUAUAUAUAUAUAUAUAUAUAUAUAUAUAUAUAUAUAUAUAUAUAUAUAUAUAUAUAUAUAUAUAUAUAUACAUUGAAAAGUAUACAUAUGUGCAUAACUGAAAUGGCAAAACAAACUUCUGCCAUUUCUGCCUACCUCCUCCACCUACGCUUAAUCCUCCCGGGAGGAAUAAUGUUGUAAACAAACCUCUGCAGCAGUAUGACCUUUAUUCUCUCUCUCUCUCUCUCUUGCUUACUUAAAACUUCAUUUAUUCUAUGAAUAAUGUUUACAGGGUUGUCAACAAGGUCAUCUGUGAUAAAUAGAGCUGCCAGUUUCUUAUGGGUGGCUAUAGUAUUUGUACACUCCAACUGAUGAACAGUCCUAAGUGAGGGGGGUGGGGGCAAGAUGCAGUAGGGUAACGUCCUGUGGAAUGCACUCCUGAUCUCCUAAGAUGAAUAUACUUUAUAAAACCUGUUAAUCUAUUCAUAUUCCCUAUUGUUGUUUCAUUAUGUUUUUAUACAAUAUUUGUUAUUUAAAAUAUCUUUUUCUUACCUAAAAUCACAUAAAAAAGUAGGAUGUUUUUUUUGGGGGGAGACUGGAAUUGAUUAAUGGCAUUUCAAUGCAUUUCAUUGGGGAAAACUGUUUUGAGAUAUGAGCUCCAUCACAGAACAAAUUAAAACUUGUAUCUCGAGGUACCACUGUAUUCUUAAUCAGAUCAGAGUGGUGAAAAGAUGGGAAAAAUGCUUGUACUUUUUUUUUUUUUUUUUUUAUAGUUAUUUUGCCUUCAGAAAAUUUGUGCUGAUAUUUCCUCUUACACCAUCCAUACUAAUGUAUGGAAUUCAUAAUUCUUGAACAUUAUUGCAUAAAGCACAGGUAUUGCACUGUUUAGUUGGUCUUUCAAACUGGUAACUGGUCCAGGAUUUAGACCACCAUGCUUCUUACCAUACAAAGUGGUGUCUUUGUAUUUGGGUUCAAGAUGCACUGUUUGUCACAGCACUGCACUCACCAUUGACAUUAAGCUGUUGCUUUCUGUUUUCUGUUUUGACUGAUUGGAAAGUGUGGUACUGCUUAAUGUCAUAGAAACUUUGUAUGUCUAGUGCCAGUGAUCUUUUUUGUAUUAUUAUCAGCUGAUAAACAUUUGCACCAAGCCCAGCUCUCUAUUAUAAGGAAUGUGGGUCCACUGCUGUACCAUAGAACACAUUAUGUGCUUAUUGAUUAUCAGUUACUGAACUCUAUGCAAUAUUUUGUACCGUUUGAUAAAUAAUCUGAAGCCAACAGUCAUUAUGAUCUAUAUAUGUGGUUCAAACUUGUAUGUAGAGAUUUGUGCACAAAAUGAAACACCUGAAGAUGUCUUGAUAUGAUGGAUAAUGUGAACCAGUCCAUAUAAGAAACAAUCUUCUUACUGCUGUUAUGUAGAAGGACACUGUGUAUAUACUGUCAUGUGUAUGUAAAGAUGUGUACAAUGACAAAAUGAAGUAUCAUUAUGCUGUGACUCCAAGCAGAUAUUGCAUGAGUAAGAUUUCCAUAUCCAGGCUUGAGGUGCAACUUAGAAUUGCGACAUUCUCUCAUUAUGGCUUAUUGACUCAGUUCCUGUCCAGUCACUCUCUUUUAUAUCUGAUAUGUGUUGUAUUGAAUCAUGAAUGUGUGAAUUGCAGGACUGAUUAUGACAAGACUGAUUUACACUUUAUAUUUUUAUUAAUCAGUGACAAAUAAAAGAGAGAGAGAGAGAGAGAGAGAGAGAGAGAGAACAGUCAGACUGUGACAGCAAAAUUUUGGUGUUGAUAAAUAUGGUGUAUUAUUGCUUAUAUUCAUGAUUUAUACUCUUCUCACUAAAAUGCAAUAAUUUAUCUUAGCUUUUAUUACAUGUGAUCUGCAUCUUUUUUGUAUUCUAAUAAUUAUUUUUUUUUUGUAAUGUGACUGGUCUUUACUCUGAAGGUUUGUGAGUCUUGCCAAAAGGGAUACCUCAAACACAAAUGAAGGACCAUGUACAGAUACAGUAUGUAUUGCAUUAAAUGGCAGUGUGCCUCACUAGUGGCCAGUCUACUGCCAGACACUCUAAGCUAGUUCUUGAUUGUGUAUGAGGCUUUGCAGAGCUAGAAAAAAAAGUGAGUUUAUUUUCUAA